CUAUUCUCCCCCAGUCUAUUCUAUUCACCCAGUGAAAACGUUCACUGGUGUUAGGUUUGUACUGAAACAGUGGAUAAUAACAAAUGCUUAUCUUGAAGGGACGAAAAUUCUGUAGUUUCUGUGGAUGCGUAGUCCUUUUGAAUUAACAUCAUUGGUGUAAUAUAAAUCCUAUUUGCAGUGGUUUCUAACUCGUUCAUUCCAAGUGCAAAUAGUUUGCAUGGAUAUGACAAUAAAUAAAGAAGUUCGUUUGUUCCACAAUCGGUACGAGUCUGACAUGCUUUAGUGUUCUCGUGUUUCGUGGCCUGUAAUUUUACUAUUUGUGUUCAAUAUAAAACUUUUCUAAUAAAUCUUAAUUGCCGUUGAUUUAACAUGAUACUAUCACUAUUACCUCCGGGAGUUUCAAGGAGAGCCAUGAAAAGAAAACUUAGUUACAGAUUUCAUUCCAUUAUGGAUGAAGUGCCUCCUAUUAAAUAUAUAUUUCGUGCAAAAAGUAUGGUUAAAUACAGCUUUAUCGUUCAGAAAUCUCUUUCAUAUCUUGAUCUUAGCCUUUGUGAAUUUACAAAAUCCAAAAGAUCGAUAAAAAGGCUUAAGCUUGCACACUUAUUAAACUUAAGAGUAAGUGAGAAAAAUGCUAUCCAUACAGAGGAAGAUUGCAAAAAACGAUUUUGUAUUAAUCGUUCUGUGCUUUAUGAUUUCCAUUUAGAUGUGUCCAAAGAACUUGAAACAAGCCUUAGAAGUCCUGUGCAUCAUCAGAAAAUUAGAUCUUGUUCUUCAGAAAAAAUUCUCCUAAAUAUGAUUGAUUAUAAAGACAAUAUACAUGAUCUUUGUUUAAAUAGAAUCAUAGCAGAAGUUCUUGAAGAAACCGAAGACAAAGUAAAAUUCAUUCACACUGUUUCUAAACUGUUGGAGCGCAUGAAUUUCCUUUCAAAUGAAUGCAUCCGUGUCAAAGGUUUAGCUUAUUUAUGUUUCCAAUGUUCAGAUUCAAAUAUCAUUAAGGAUUUUCUUACAUCUAUGAACUUCAGUGUAGAAGACUUUUUUCAUCUUUCGAUACAUAUUUUUGAACGUAUUUUAUAUCAUGCACAUCGUGCUGGAUAUGACUUGUGGACACUGCCUGUUCACCAAGAUCCAAUACAUAGUUCCAUUUGCUAUUGUAUGUUUGUGAAGACAGAAGCUCUCUUUCAAUAUUACAGUGCUCCUAGAUUUUGUGAGGUAGUUUAUAACAGAAUUAAAAAUGGUGGACCCAGAUGGAAUGCCUUCUUUGGUGGUAUGGCGGAAUAUCUCCAGAAUACUUCGAAUAAUAUUUUGCAGCUCCAUUAUCUCGCUGAGUGAAGCAUUUGAUUCAUUUGCGCAUAUGUGGUGGAGCAAUAAAUUUCCCCGUCGAAAAUGGACUGAUGACCGAAGAAAGGCAUCUUCUGAUCUUAGAGAUCGCCCUCGUUUUCGCCCUUCCACCCUCGGAUGGAUUAACUGCUCUGCAAAUGUUGUGGAGAUCGAUUCCUGAUCCCUUCAUCACUUUCCCUGAAUUGACUUCUGUAUUACCUGGAGUACCAAGCCCAAAAUUAAUUGAAGACAUCACAAAUUUCACGAAACAGAUCACGGGAGAAGAUGUUACUGAAGACUACCAACCUCGGCGGCUGAAACAUUAUUGUCGAACAACAAUUCGGAAUAUUCUGAGCAACAACAACAAUAACAACAUGCAGUUUUCAACUAAAAUCAGCGAGCUACAGUUACCGCCUGCAGUAGACUCCUAUAUGAGACUUCAAAAUUGAUUUGUUUCAUUUUGGUUCUUUGUGGUAAACAUUCCUACUGUGGUAAAAUUCCCCAUCCCCUUUUAGAGACAUCCUAUUUAAUAACUGUCAAUUCAACAUGACUUUUGUCUUCAAAAGUAAUCACUGUUGUAUAUAUAAAAUCUGUAACUUUUUUGUGUUCACCUUAAAAUAAAGUCUAAAAGCUGUUUUA